GGAGGUGCGGCCGGCGGCACGGCGCGGGUCGGAUCGGCGAGUGAGCGGGCUGCCGCGGGAGGCGCACGGCGGCGGCGGUCCCCGCAGUCCGGGCCGCGGAGAGGCCGGCGGGGCCCCUUGCUGCGGAGACAGAUGUGCGGGACGCGGGGCUGCGAGGGGCCGGCGGGGGGGUGCUGGGGGCUGCCGCCGCCGCUGCUGCCGCGGCCGGAGGGGGACCCUUAGCUGUGCGAGAAGCGGGGAAGCCGCGUCGGGAACUGUUAUUUUCCUCUCCUCCUUCCUUUGCCUUCCCUCUCCCUCCUCCUCCUCUUCACCAAAACCGGGAGAGGAGGCGUGUUCGUAGAGCCUUGCUGCACCGGUUUUGCUUGGUUUGUUGUUGCAGGCUUUGGUUCGCAGGGUGGUGGUGGUGGCGGCGGUUUUUCUUUUUCCUUUUCUCCCCCCACUCUUUCUCCCUCCCUCUCCUUUGGCCCAUUGCAUGCUCGGAUCCGGCUGGAUCCUUCCUUUUAUUUUCUGUGGUGCCUUUCGGAGGGGGGAAGGGAGAGCUGGGAUGAGUGCAGCUUGACGCACAGGCAAGGGGAGGGGGGGCACCGCCGGCAGCUGCAGCGGUUCGUGGCCGCAGGGUGCGGGUGAGGAAGGGAGCGAGCGAGGGGCUCGCUCGGUGCCUCCCCCUUUCUUCGCCCCUCUCCUUCCUCUCCUCUUUUCCUUCCCUUCCCCCCCGCCCCUUCAUCCGUCUCCUGCCGGGUCCGGCUAGGAGCGUGUGUGCAAUAUAUUACGUUGUAAGGUGUGUGUGUGCGUGGAGGAGAGGGAGGGAAGAAAGGAAGGAAGGAAGGACUCGCGAGGGAGCCAGGGCUGCCCCAGCUCCCCCCUAUGUGAACCCCCCCGGGCGGCUGGAUGGCGAUAGACCGGCGCCGCGAGGCGGGCGGUGGGGGCCGACCGCUGCCGGAGGAGAACGGCUCGGUGCCGGGACCGGGGGGGGGGGGCGCCGCCGCCCCCCCGGGGCCGCCCGCCGCGGGCUCCGCCGGGGCCGAGAUCCAGGCGGUGCCGGUGCCAUCGCCGCCCGCCGCCGCCUGCAGUCCGCUGCUCCUCGACUACGACGGCUCCGUGCUCCCCUUCCUCGGGGGGCUGGGCGGCAGGUACCAGCGGACCCUGGUGCUCCUCACCUGGGUCCCAGCCCUCUUCAUCGGCUUCAGCAAGUUCUCGGACUCCUUCCUCCUGGACCAGCCCGACUUCUGGUGCCGGGAGGCGGACGGACAGGGCAACUGGAGCGGGUCCUUGGCGCUGAGCCACGCCAACCGCAGCGAUAACGGCAGCAUCUUCCCGCCGCCCGGGCUGCCCACGCCGGCGGGGGGCAACGCCAGCGAGUGCGACUGCCACGAGUGGCACUACCGCAUCAGAGCGGGCCUCGUCCAGAACGUCGUGAGCAAGGUGAGAAAGGCGGCUUCCCUCAGGUCCCCCUCCCUGUGCUGCCUUCACGGACCCCCUCGGCCCUGCCCUGGCCCCAGUCGGCACACUGCUCAUCCCAAGAUGAGGGAAGCAGCUGGACACAACGCAGUUCUGUCCGUUUUGUGCUGCCGGCGGAUCGGUGAGGUGACCUGUGGGUUACCCUUCCACGGGAGUAAAUCUCGCAUCCCUGUAGUCAUUUCCGUCCUAGGGUGUCACUCCAGGUGUGCGUGCCGUGGGUUUGUUAUCUGGGCGACACUGAGCUAG